GCUGCUGAGGAGGAGCCGCUGAGGAGGAGCCGCUAAGGAGGAGCCGCUGAGGAGGAGCCGAUCAGCUGCCGCCUCCGCCAUGAUUCGUCUUGAGGAACCCAGCGACGUCUUCGGGAAGGGAUCGAGGAGCCGCUCGGAUGGGAAGCACAGGGCGGUGGUGUUCGUCGUCCUCUUCUGCCUCCUGCUCGCCUAUUCCGUCUACGCCACGCUGCUGCUGUACAGUUACUCUCGGACCCCAGAGAUCGCUCCAGAGCCACGAGUACCUUACAUUCCAAACGACAUCGAGGACCUCUUCCACUUCGUCACCACCGUCAGGGCCUCCUGCCGUAACCCGCUGACCAUCGAAGGCAGUCUAUAUCGGGAAGGAGAAAACCGCUCGCUCUCAGGACAUGAAGGCACAUACAUCUGCUUGGAUGGUCUGCCGAAGACCCCAGACGCUUGCAGACUCUAUGCCUUUGGUGUCAAUCGGGAAGAUAUUAAGUUUGAAAUGGACAUGGGAAAGCGUGGCUGCAGGUCCCACAUAGUCACCCCUCUGACGGAAUACAGCUACUCCAAGCUAGGUGUCAAUACCUACCUGUACCCACUCCACCUGUCGAAUGACACGGGCUUGGGACACUACACACUCGAUAAUUUCAUGAAUCUUCUAAACCACAUGCGAAAACCCAUCCACUAUGUGAAGACUACCCUGGCCGGGGCGGAGUGGACCUUGCUCUUCAACCUGUUUACAUCCAGCUAUCAGGCCUAUGUCAACGUCAAGCAGGUCCGACUUCUGCUCCACCUGCCUCCAGCCAACGACGAAAAUCUGCAAACCCUCACCGAGAUGUACCGAAUGCUGAUCGGCCUCGAGUACUACGGCUACAAGCUGGUCUACUCACGCCCGCUGCCAGACACGCAGUACUACCACGCCUACUUUGAACGUGAACUCUACACCAAGUAUGAGACGGUGUGGAUUCGGCGGUGAAGAAUGGUGUUGAGGACGCUGGCGGAUAGAUGGAGGUUGAGGAGGAGAGGGAGGGAGAGGGAAGGAGGAGAGAGAGUAGGGGUGAAUUGAGAGAGAGGAAGAGAGGGUGGAUGGCGUUGUAUGCGUUCGUUCGUUGUAUGCGUUCGUUCGUUCUAUGCCUUCGUUCGUUCUAAGAUCAGACGCUAACAAAAAUACGAUUGCCAGAGGUCAGAACUUGUCCUAGAAAAGCUACUUUUUAGGCUACACACUAAAGGAACAAAUAAAAACAAAAAGUGUGCGUCUAUAUAACAAGACAACGCACACGUCUCCCAUACAGAACUGUGACGGUGAUGUAAUGUUUUAAGAAAUGAUUUAUCUAAUAAUGUGUUGCCGGGAGUUAAAACGUAAAUAAUGGUGGUGCAGUUUAUGGCAAGUCGCGUAUAUCAUAUACUUUUAUCUUACGUUGAAUAUAAUGGUGCUUUGUGAUUUUUGCAUUAAACAUAAAACUAAAUUUUCUUUACAUUAUUCGUUUUGAUGUGUCUUUUGAAUGUUAUACAUGUCUUGAAUGCAUACUAUGUAUAGUAUUUAAUACAGUCAUAGCAUUUGGUUUACAUAUUUUUCUCUGU